AUGAAUAAUACAGAUCAACAACAAUAUUAUGCUAAUCAAGCAGCAGCACAUUCACAAGCAUCUGGUUAUUAUAUGCCAAAUAAUGCCAUGGAACAAUCAUAUGCACCACAGUUAAGAAAUCCACAAGCAUAUGCAUCACGAAUGAAUCCUCAACAAUAUAUUAAUCCACAAAUGUCAAAUGGUUAUAAUCAACCAUUUUUUGUUCCUCAACCAUUCCCACAACAUCCAUAUUUACCUCAACAUAAUCAACGACCAAUGAAUCCUUCACAAAUAUCAAUUAUUCGACCAUCGAAUGAAAAUAUAAAUCCUUAUCCACCUUUUAUCUCACAAAAUGGAUAUCCUCAAACAUUUGCACCAACAAAUAAUAGUCUUCCAGCGACACAACCUGUUUAUCAGCAAUUUUAUUCACCUUUUUCAAUGCAAACAAAUUAUCCAACACAACAAGUACCACCACAAAUGCCUAAUCAACAACAAAUACCACAACAAUCACCAUAUCAAAUACCUGCUUUACAACAACAAGCACAAAUUCAUCCAACACAACCAACUCAACAUACACAAAUUGAUCAAUCAACUGUAUCAACAUCUCAGCCUACAAUUGCACAAAAUAUCCAACAACAAAAUCCGUAUGCGUCAACAGUACAACCAACUGUAACAGAAAAACGACAAAGAAAACCAUUAACUAUUGUUGAUCCGGUAUCACAUAAACCUGUUGAAGUCUCACCACAAACGACACAUUCAUCAACUCCAAAUACUACGAUAACAUCAUCGUCAGUAUCAUCUACUACAACAACAAGUGAAAAUCGUCCAAUUGAUUCGACAACGACAGAUUCAGGUCAAUCAAAUAAUAAACCGACAAAUGAUCCAAAUAAAACACAAAAACAAGCUGAUUUUCGACGACAAUUUGCUGAAAUUUUAGUCGAUUCUUCCAAUACUCAAACAGAUAAGAAUACAAAUCAACAAUCAAUAUCUACAGGAUCAAAUGAAGAAUUAUCUGGUGCUACAUCAAUAAAACAAAAUUUAAAUAAACAAUCUGAAACAAAUAUACAACAAUCAACAUCAUCAGCAUCAUCAUCUCGAUCAGGUUCAAUAUCACGACCUAAAUCUCCGAUAUCAUUAUCAGAAACACCAAGUAAAGAAUCAACAUCAAGUAAAUCAUCUGAACAACCACAACCACAACCAGGUCAUCCGGGUAUAUUGACACGAAAUUUAACUGAUGAUAAAUUAAUAACAAAAAUUAAUCAAGAUGAUAUAAAAGAUAAACAAGAUUAUAGUGAUUCUCAACAACAACAAGAAUCCGAGCCAAUUGAAACAACUGAAAAAACAAAUAAUAAUGAUGAAAAUGAUGAUGAUAAUAAUAAUACUUCAAAAACAACGAAAAGUAUGGUAAGACAGGCUCAUCAACGUAAAAAACAACGAAUGUAUAUUCGAAAUAGCCAGUCUGAUGAGUAUAUACCUGCGGUUAAUGAUGAAAUUAAUUCAAAUCCACCACCAGAAUCACAAUCAACCACACCACCAUUAUCAGCCACAGCAUCAUUAGAAUGUGUUACACCACCACAAACACCAACAGCAAUAAUAAAUGAUGAAAAAUCUCAAGAACCACCAAAUCAACGUUUACGUUAUGAUCGUCACGAACUUUUACGUAUACGUGAAAAUUCAGGACCAUUUCCUAUUCCUCAAAAUCUUCCUGAUCUUGAUAUUGUUCUUAAUCGACGUGAUAAUACUAAUCCACGUUAUUCAUAUACAGGUACAAAUAGUCAAGGACGUAUGAAUCCUCCAUUUCAUCGACAAUUAUCAUCAAGUAAUCAUCCAUCAUUAACACGUUAUCAAAAUAAUCCAAAUUCUUCAAGUGAUUCAAGACGUAAAGCAGGAAUUUAUUUAGCAGCUGAACCUGAUUUUAGUAAUCGUGUUGACAAUCCUUAUAAACCAGUUGAUCAAACUAAAAUUGAUGCUAAUAAUAAAGUUUUACGUGAUGUUAAAGCCAUAUUAAAUAAAGUAACACCACAAACAUAUGAUAAAUUACAAAAAAAACUUGAAUUAUUAGAAAUUGAUCGUUAUGAAAGAUUAGAGGGAAUGAUAAAAAUAUUUUUUUCUAAAGCUGUUGAUGAACCAGCAUUUAGUUUUCUUUAUGCAAAAUUAUGUAAACAAUUUCAAAAAAAACAAGUCACUGUACCAAGUGAAGAUGGUAAAACAGUAACACAUUAUUUUCGUCAAAUCUUAUUAACACGUUGUCAAAAAGAAUUUGAAAAUGAUUAUAGACAAGAAAUUGAAUAUGAAAAACGAAAAAGUGAAGUUGAAACUAUAACAGAUGACAAAAAACGUAAAGAAGAAGCAGAAAAAUUAGAAGAAGAUCUUGUUAAAGCUAAACGAAGAAAAUUAGGAAAUAUUUUUUUUAUUGGUGAAUUAUUUAAAUUACAAAUGUUAACUGAUACAAUUAUGUAUGAUUGUAUUGAAUAUUUACUUCGUGAUAAAACUGAUGAAGAAAGUCUUGAAUGUUUAUGUCGUCUAUUACGUACUAUUGGUAAAGAACUUGAUGGUAAAGCUAGUGAAAAAUCUACAAAUAAAUCAAAUUUAGAAAAACAUUAUCGUGAAUUAGAUGCAAUUAUUAAGGAACAAAAAGCAUCAGCACGUAUUCGUUUUAUGAUUCAAGAUCUUAUAGAAUUACGACAAGCUUCAUGGGUUGCUCGUCGUGCUGAAGCAAAACCAACAACAAUUGAUGAAAUUCAUGAACAAGAACGUUUAAAACGUGAACAACAAGAACGUGACCAAGAACGUGACCGACAACAACGUCGUGAUCAAAAUCGUGGUACUGCUAUUGGUAGUGCUUAUAGUGGAAAUAAUCAACAACAGUAUAAUGAUGGACGUGGUAGUCGUGGUAGUGGAAUUAAACAACAAUCAAGUAGAAACGAAGAAGAUCGAGUUGAAAAUCGUUUUAAUGUUAAUAGUUUAAGACAAUUACAAUCAAAUGAUAAACGAAAUCAAGGACCAUUCGCAAUGAAUUUAGCUCCACAACGUACAUGGACAAAAGGAUCAGGCAUUGAAAAGAAACCUGAAGAAGAUCGUUCAUUUGGUGGUGGACGUACUGGUAAACCACCUGCUGGUCCAGUUCAACAACUCAAAGGUAAAAUUGGUUCAUCUCAAAGUGGUUCAGCUUAUCCUCUUCAACGUCAAUCAUCACGUGAAUUAGCACGUGAAAAUAGUCAACGUGAUCGUGAAAAUGCUUUACAAUCAUUACGUAAAACAACAACUGGUAGUGGAAUAAAUAGUCCAGUACAUACAACUGGUACAUCAUCCAUGGCAAAUUCACGUGAAGGUUCACGUAAUGUUAGCCGUGAACAAUCACGUAAUGCAUCACGUGAAUCAAGUGUUAGUGAACGUAUAUCAAAUGCUAAUUUAGCAGUACAAAUAAAUAAAUCAGCAA